GCUUAGCGAACCUGCUUGAAAGAGGCUCGGCGCUCCAGAGCCAUGUUCAGGGCGGCUCUGCAGGAAUCCAACCCCAACAACGCCUUCUAGGAGCGGCGGAGCAGCGAUGAUGGAUUUUGACGAGCGGGUUCCUGUCGGCUCCAACAUGUAUCUGCCCAGCUGCACUUACUACGUGUCGGCGGGGGCUGAUUUCUCCGGUCUUCCGUCGUUUCUGUCCCAGACCCCGUCCACACGCCCCAUGACAUAUUCCUACUCCUCUAACCUGCCGCAGGUCCAGCCCGUCAGAGAGGUGACGUUCAGGGACUACGCGGGCAUCGAAGCGUCCGGUAAGUGGGCGCACCGGGGGAAUCUGGCCCAGUGUUACCCCAGCGCGGAGGACAUGGUGCAUCGGGACUGUCUGUCGGCGCAAACCGCCGUCGUAGGGGACAUGUUUGGGAAAAACAGCCCAGCCGCUGCGGCCGCCGCCUACCACCACCACCACCACCACCAUGCAGGCGCGGGAGCCGCCGCCGCCUCCAGCUUCUACGGGAACGUGGGCCGGAACGGCGUGCUGCCUCAAGCCUUCGACCAGUUCUACGAGACGGCGUACGGGAACGCGUCGGAAAACGCUUCGGCGAAUCCCGCGCUCUCAGGGGACAAAACGGUGAGCAAGCAGCCGGAGCACGCGCCGUCCUGCCGGGACACGGAGACGAAGGAGCAGCGGGAUGAAACGAGCAGCCCGGAGUUGUCUUCCGGCAACAAUGAGGAAAAACUCAGCAGCAGCAGUGGACAGAGGAUCCGCAAGAAGAGGUGCCCUUACUCCAAAUAUCAGAUCAGAGAACUGGAAAGGGAAUUCUUUUUCAGCGUGUACAUAAACAAGGAGAAACGACUGCAACUGUCUCGGAUGCUCAACCUCACUGACCGACAAGUAAAGAUUUGGUUCCAGAACCGACGCAUGAAGGAGAAGAAACUGAACAGGGACAGGUUACAGUACUACACGUCCAACCCUCUGCUUUAGGAGUGAGAGCAGCUCCGGUGGUCCCCCCUGCUGAGGGGCUGGCUUCGUUUACAGACUCUCUGGCUCUCCGAGUGGACUCCGUGUUCCACAAUGGCCGCGACAGCAGCAAUAGCAACUGCUCAAUGGUUAAUUUCAAGUUCGAGGACACAAGAAACCGUUGAUAUGAAAUGCCUUGAGCCGGAGACGUCCCUUUAUUCGAUUAUGGGGAAAAUGUUUAACAAUUUCUUCUGCGCUGCCCAAGAUUUUCAAAGGCUCACGUGUUUGUUUUCUUUGAAAAUAUAAAAAAAUCAGCCAGUAAUUGACUGACCCAGUAUUUUGUAAUCAAAAGUUAGUUCCUGUCUGUGGCUGGAAUCAGAACCGGGUUGGGUUUGAGCAGAAGCCGAACACCUGACGACUGAUCGAACAUAUUGUGACCAAAUAUUGAAACCAAGCAGAUGAGAAGAAUGUUUGUGUUUUGUGCUUUAUUUAUUUUGUAGCCACUCGUUUACUCUCAUUUAAAACGCCACAGCUGUCCACCACUCAGCAGUGAGUAUAGUUGACCUGCCGCCAGUUUUUGUCCCUUCUGACGUUCCAUACUCUUAAAGAGGGCUUAUUAUUAAUAUUUCAUUCUAUUUUUGUUUAACAGACAAGCAGUGCUUGCGCACACCAGAGAGACGCUUGUCCACGUGAUCCGUGCGCAGUUGCGUGGAGGUUUAUUCAAACAGGUGCUGCGUCAAUUUUCAGCGGGCCUCUUUAGUCCGCUAAACAUGUUUUAAUGGAUUUCAGUUUUAAAAUAAAUUAAAUUAAAUUAAAUUAUGCAAUUAUUUUUAGGACAAAAGCUGGUUAGGGUCAUCGCACUGAAUCAACAGUGUGGUUCGCUCAGAGCUAUUGUGUAUUCUACUAUAUUUCCAAAUAAAAACAAAUUAAACAAUUCUGGAAAAUAA